AAGAAGAAAAUAAGAAGUUAAAAGACCAACAUAAUGAUCAGUUAAAGAAGAUCUGUGCCUUAUACAACACUAAAGCUAAUACUUACAACUCAAUUAACUUUGACAGUCUUUACAAUAAUUUGGAGAAAAGGUUAAAAGAUGAAAAAGGGGAAGCGGGUAGGAGUUUGUUCCGCAGUUAUUGUCAUCAUUUAGGUAAUACUUAUGGUGAACAUGAAGGUGCAAAUAAUGAAAAAGCAACCGAAAAUCAGAAAAAUAGAAUUAAAAAUUAUUUAUUGAAAAUUUGGUCUGAAGCUGAAAAAGAAAUAGAUAAACAUAAUCAAAACCACUCAACAAACCACCUAGCUAAAGCUGAACAGCAUAGUUACACUACUCUUAAUCCUCACCAAACUAAUUCCAACAAUAAAUUAGCAACUGGCCUAACUCUAGGAGUCGGUGGAGUUAUUUAG